GUAGUCCUUUUCUUCACAAAUAAUAAGUUAUUUUGUCAUAUAUUUACCAAAUUUGUUUAAAAAAGAAUUUGAGUAGCAAGUAAAAUGCGUCCUUUGCUAUGAUGAUUUGUAGGAAAUACCCAUUCAGGGUACUUUUCGAUGUGAUUGCCGAGUAUUUUUAGCAAGAACUAUCGUCUUUCACUUCUGCCUUGGGGCAUGAUGAUAUAGCGUUAGUUGUAAACCUGGAAAUGGAACCUAACCCAAAAGAACACCAGGUUACAGAUAUACACUAAAGAUGCUGUGCUGUACUAAACUAAAGUUAGUAGACAAUCUCGUGAGUCUUAAAAAAUCGCCCUCUAAAUACUGUCUUUUGAAAAUGAAAGCCACUAUAUUACUGGGCCUACUGCUAGUGCUGCCCUCUGUGUGGGCAGGACAAGCCAAUCCCCAUGGUGCCGAUCUGGAUGAUAACGACUUUGCAGAAUUUGAAGAAAUAGAUGAAGAAGAGGCAGCAUUUGAACAGCCUCCUCAGCAACAACAACAACAGCAACAACAGCAGCAGCAGCAAAAGCAGUUUGGAGAACAGCCCAAGAAGGUUGUCAUGGCACCAGUUGAUGACGAUGAGGAAGAAGACGGAGUUGUAGAGGAUGAGGAUGAGUUUGAGCACUUGGAUGAUGAGGAAUUUGAAGGCAUCGACCAAGACACGGUCAACCUGAGGAAGGGGAAGGAUCAGACCCCUCCCCCCUUGGAAAUAACAAAGAUUCCCCUUCACCUGAGAACCAACUGGGACAGUUUCUAUCUGGAAAUGCUGAUGUUGGCAGGACUGGCUGUCUACUUCCUCAACUUUAUUGCAGGGAAGACCAAGAACAGUAAACUGGCCACGGCCUGGUUUGACGCACACAAAGAGUUGCUACAUAAAGAGUUCAGUAUAGUGGGUGAUGACGGGCAGUCCAAGGAACCCACAGAGAACCACCUAUUAAAGGAGUCUGAGCACACUUACUCCCUCUGGUGUAGUGGAAGAGUGUGCUGCGAAGGAAUGUUGGUGGAGCUGAAAUUAUUAAAACGCCAAGAUCUCAUCAAUACGAUAUCGCGGAUGUUGAGCCCAAAGUCGGAUCAGAUAUUGAUAAAAGUUACCAUGGAAGAGACAGAGAUGGAUAGUUUUGUGUUUGCUGUUGCUCAGAAGAAGGUGGCUUCCAAGCUGUUGAAAGAGCAGACAGAUCUGAACUUUUUCUGUGCUGAGAAGAAAGGUAUUGAUAAAGGGAAUAUCCCCCCGUCCCUGCAAGUACUGAGUGAGAUAGGAGAGGCCACAUCUGCUGUAUUUGACAAGACUUUUUGUGCUGUGUUGAACAGAUAUGAGAGCAAUAUUGAGUUCAUCCACUUCUCAGAUCAGUACUCUGGCCCCAAGCAGCAAGAUCAAGACACCCCAACCACCCUCCCAGAAACCAAGAAGGUGCUUCUGUUUUGCUUCAAUGUUGGUGACAAAGGACGUACAACUGUGGAAGACAUGGACGGAAUGAAAGAGCUUCUUCAGCUGGUCAUCCACUGCAUUGAUAAAGUCAAGAGGAUUAAACUGACCAAGGAGGCCAAGAUGAAGGCUGAGAAGAAUCGCCAGCGCAUGCACGAGUCGUACCUGAAGCAGACCCACUCCCAGCGACAGGAGGCCGCCCAGCUAAGGAGAGAGGAGAAGAGACGUACGGAAAAGGAACGCAUCAUGAAUGAAGAAGAUCCUGAUAAGCAGAGAAAGCUGGAGGUAGGAGUCGCCCUUUUUUAUCUUAUUUUUAUUUUUUAA